AUGCCAUCGCCGGUGUUGAAGAGAUUCUGGCGCGAUUUGCACGGGAAACGGCACUUGUUGAAUGCAUAUGGAACCACCGAGUCAGGAGUGGUGUUUCUGGCCUUGGACGAAGACUCAAGCUAUAUGGAUUAUGAUGAAGGCGAACAUUGGCAAGUCAUUACCCGGUGCGAUGGUCAAGCUGUCCGAGGGAGACCAUGGCAUGUUGUGAGUGAAGACGAGAACCCUCAUGCUUGGUACCCUGACUUUGACGAGGACGGGUUCUACUGCACCGGCGACAUUGUCCACCGCGAAGGAGACAGUCAUUUCUGGGAUGGAAAAGCUAAAGGCGGCUUUAUCCAAGUUAGUGAUGAGCACAUACCUGGCAAAAUCAUAGAGUAUAGCCUCCUCAAACUACCCUAUACCAUUAAAGGAGUUAUCUUGUUAGUCCUAUCUGAUAAUGGACCAGGACAAUUCACAGCCCUAAUCUAA